CAAGAGUUCCAUCACCGAUCUCUCUCUCUCUCUCUCUCUCUCUCUCUCUCUCUCUCUCUCUCUCUCUCUCUCUCUCUCUCUCUCUCUCUCUCUCUCUCUCUCUCUCUCUCUUGAGGGGAGGACAUGAGGGCGUGGGAGUUUACAAGCCUGGAUCAGUGCGUCAGCUACUACCAGGACCAGAUGCAAGAUGGCUGGUGUAAUGCUACGUGGGACAAGAUCCUAUGUUGGCCCCUCCCCCCGGACACCGUUGGACGCCUGCCCUGCCCGCCUCUCAAGGGGGUCGAUCCUUCCCAGGUGGCUCAGAGGAAGUGCACCAGCGCAGGCCACUGGGAGGGACGCACGCUGGCGGAGGGCCUGGCGGGGGGCUGGACGAAUUACACACCCUGCCUCAUCCCUGAGAUACGGAUCCUUAUGGACAAACUGUACGCCAAAAGCAAAGAGGACGCUCAGCUGAAGCUCCAGGUGGCAGAGGUGAGCAGAGUGAUCGAGACGGUGGGCCUAUCCCUGUCCCUUGCCUCCAUCCUCGUGUCCCUGGCCAUCUUCUCCUACUUCAGGUCACUGAGAAACAACCGCACCAAGAUGCACUUCAACCUCUUCGUGGCCAUGGUGAUUCAACUGAUGGUGAGGCUGACACUAUACAUUGACCAGUACAUCACCAGGAAGACCCAGCAGCGCACCACAGGCAUCGACAACACGCCUGUGCUAUGUGAAGGGGUGUACGUCCUGAUGGAGUACGCCCGCACCGCCAUGUUCCUGUGGAUGUUCCUGGAGGGGCACUACCUCAACAGUAUGCUGACCGUGGCUGUCUUCACCGACCACCCCAACUACACGGUAUACAACUUGCUGGGGUGGGGGCUGCCCGUGGUCAUGACGGCUGUGUGGGCAGCGGUGACGGCGGUACAGCACACAGGCACGGAGUGUUGGUGGGGAUAUAACCUAAGUCCCUACUUCUGGAUCCUGGAGGGCCCUCGUCUCACCGUAAUAAUAACUAACUUCCUCUUCCUGCUAAACAUUCUACGCGUCCUGAUCACGAAGCUACAAGCAAGUGUGUCCUCCGAGACUCAGCAGGCUAAGAAGGCGGUGCGGGCGGCCAUCGUGCUGCUGCCACUCCUGGGCAUCACCAACAGCCUGCAGAUGGUCCACUCGCCCCUGGAAGGCAACAUCGUGGAGUUCGCGGCGUGGUCCUUCGUCACCACCUUCCUCACGGCCUUCCAGGGGUUCUUCGUGGCCCUGCUCUACUGCUUCUUGAACCAGGAGGUAAGAAACGCCAUCGCUAAGAGCCUCGCCAACCUGUCCACACAACGCCUCUUGCCCAAGCGGUCCAAGAGGGUGCUGGUGAACGGUAACGUGCCCAGCGAGACGGUGGUGGUGCCUGAGGAGCCGCUGACGAUGAUCCGGCAGCAGGCGGAGACGGAGACCACGACGGAGGACGGGACGGCGGCAGGGGGAAGGGAGGUAGUGAGGGGUGAGGUGACCACCACUGUAUGACCCUGCACCCCCUUCCUUCCCCCUUCCUCUCCCCCUGUCACUAUUCCUCCACUUCACACAUCCUCUGCCUCACAAUAAGUCACUAUUUUUCUUACUCACUUAACUGACUCGAUUUUUUUCCCCAUUAUACAGCUAUUCGUCCUACUCUUCAUUGUCCUAUCCCCAUCAAAACCUUGUACUCCUCCUCCUUCUCCUUCUCCUUCUCCUCCUCCUCCUCCUCCUUCUCCUCCUCCUCCUCCUCCUCCUCCUCCUCUUUUUCCUUAUUCCGUACAUCAAAUAUUCCGUCUCCAUACAUCUUUUCCUCCUCCUUUUUUUACCUCCUCCUCCUCCUCCUCCUCCUCCUUUCCAUUCAUCUCCAUUCCCCUUACUUUCCACCUUCUCCCAUCAACAUUUCCUCAGAGCCCAGAUCACUUCACAUAUCAUAAUUCUUGACCCCCCACCCACACCCUAAGUGGUCAAGAGAGGUGCUUUCUCCCCCACAACCCUCCCCACCACGCCUCACUCUGACCUCCUCGUCCAGUGAUUGGCUCAGGGGCUUCAGUGCUACUCGUUGAUUGGUCCAUAACCCUUGUCGUCUUUAUGUAUUCGACGAUAUGAUUGGUUAAGAUUAGGGCUCCUUAUUCUCAGUCACUUAAUUGAUGCGCGCACGCACGCACGAACGCACGCAUACGCCCACCCACACAGACACACACACACACACACACACACGCAGUGGUUGGGGUAUUCAAUUCACAAAGAAAUUAUGAGGAUAAAUCUAAAAUAACUAUAGUUUAGUAAGAGAGAGAGAAUAAAUCCACAGAAAAUAAAGAAAUAAAUGAAGGAGGAGCAUGAGACAACGAAGAAGAUGAGAAGAAGAAGAAGAAGAGAAAAGAAGAGAAAAGAAAAGAAGAAGAAGAAAAAGAAGAAGAAGAAGAAGAUGAAGAAGAAAAAAAAGGAGGAGGAGGAGGUGGAGGAUUAAGACGAUAAGAAAGAGAAGGAGGUGGAGGAAGAGGAGCAUUAGGAGGAGGAGGAGGAGGAGGAGGAGGAGGAGGAGGAGGAGGAGGAGGAGGAGGAGGA